AUGGCGCGCGCGCGCGCGAUCGGCGUCGACGUCCGCGCGCGCGUCCACGGUCGCGCGCGCGCGUUCGAGGGCGCGACGCGCGCGGUGCGGACCCGAGCGAGUCGCUCGAGUAAAUCCGGGGCGUUUCCAUCCACCGCGCCGUUCGACCGCGACGUCGACGACGCGAUCGCGCGCUGGGGCGUGGACGUGGACGAUCUCGGUCGUCGCGCGUCGACGCUCUGGCCGCGCGCGGCGUCGGUGGACGCGCGGUGGACGCGGAUGGGGCUCGGGCGAAAGAAUGAAAAUCUGUACAACGCGCGAGCGAUGGAAACGGUGGCGAUGACGUCGAGCGCGCGUGGGAUGUGCGUGGGGAUGUUCACGUUCGAUGCGUCGGGGGGGUGGACGGGCGCGCGCGCGGCGGAGGGAUUGCGCGCGGAGUUGGCGCCGAUGGCGUGCGCGGCGACGGCGGAGGACGCGUUGCGGGAGACGGAGGGUUUGGCGGUGCGCGUCGACGGCGCGGUGGCGUUUCACCACGAGUGCGUGAUGCGGAAUCCGACGCGGAUGUCCUCCGACGCGGUCUCGAAAGGGUUUCGAUCGGUGGUGUCGACGUGGGGGACGGAGGGUUUGCGGGACGCGCGGGACGCGGGCGAGGAGGCGAAGACGACGCGGUUCGCCCUGGUAGAGUGCGCCGAGGGGUACGUGUUUGGGCUGGUGACGUACGCGCCGUCGAGGGUGAACGAUCGCGCGGUGGAGUGGGCGCGAAAGCCGAGACAUUUUAGCGCGGGGACGCGCGCGGAGCUCGCGCUCGCGUGCGUCAACGUCGCCACGGCGCACGACGUCGAAUCGUUCGACGCCGUGCACGGCGACGCGGUCGUGAUCGAUCCGUGCUGUGGUUCGGGAACGAUGCUUUACGCGGCGUGGACGCGCGGUUUCGCCGCCGCGGCGCAAAACGUCGGGCACUUUGUCGCGCGGACGGGAAGCGAGCACUCGCCGAGCAUCAUCGAGCGAGACGCGCUGAGCGCGAACGCGUUCGACGACGCGUACGGGUCCAAUCGGCGAAAACGCGUGAUCGUAUCCAAUCUCCCAUUCGGGCGUCGCGUCGCGAUCGGCGGCGGCGACGGAGACGGACGAGGCGCUCCGGGAUCAACCGCGAGCGAGUACGCGCCUUUACUCGAGGCGUUUCGCGACGCCGCCGAUCGACACGUGUACAUCAGCGGAGUCCCGAUCGCUGAAAAGAUGCGCGAGCUCGGGUACGAGAACGUGAGCGAGGUGAGUCUGUGCCGAUUCGGUCGAUCGUUCAUGACGGCGGCGCUCGGGAAGACUGCCAGCGAGCCGUUACGGCCGGACGUCUUGUUCACGGUUGAGCAAGCGCUCGAGAACGCGGCUGGGAAGAACGAGAAGCGACGAUCGGCGAGGAAAGCGAAAAAGGCGAGCGUGGAUGUCGAUGCGCGUUUCGCCGAUCCGAACGCGCUGCGCGUCGCCGUGGAUGUGAGCUACGAGCAGGAUUCCGCGCGCGCGAGACGAAGCGUCGCCAAGCAGUUGUGCGAGUGCGUCGGCGUCGCCCAUCGCGAAGAUGCGCUCGCGAUGACGUACUGCGCGUUUCAGGGUGACAUCGCGCAAGAGGCGCGCGAAUUCUUUUUUAGCGAUGGAUGGACAUCAGUGCGCACGGAGUCGCGCGCCGUGGAGGACGCGUUCGAUCCCUCAUCCGUCGUCUACCUCUCGCCCGACGCGACGGACGUCUUGGACGAGGUACGUUCGGAUAAAGUCUACGUCAUCGGUGGGAUCGUGGACCUCGCGACGCGCGGGAUCCCGACCAGUCUCACCAGGGCGACGUCGGCUCGGUUAGAAACCAGGCGCUUGCCGAUUCGCGAGCAUCGCCCCGAUCAGACGCACACCGUGUUGAACAUCGACGCCGUGGUGAAGAUCCUGUGCGCGCGUCAUCGCGGGGAAUCGUGGACGGAGGUGUUCGAACGUGAGCUUCCGAGGAGGCAGGCGUACGAGCGUCCGAAGAGGAACAAGCGCCCGAUACCGUCGACGCCCGUCUGA